GAGAGUAGCGGCCCUUUUAACGGACUCGAUGGGGAAGCCGCGGCGUUCGUUUCUGGUUUGAAUCCGGUGACAAAGCAACAAUGGAGACUUUAGAAGAAGAAAAUUUUGGUGUAUCCAUCUCAUCACCUUCUGAUGCUGAAUUUGAUGCUAUUGUAGGAUAUUUGGAAGAUAUUGUAAUGGAUGAUGACUUCCAACUGAUACAAAGAAACUUCAUGGAUAAAUACUACCAAGAGUUUGAUGACACGGAGGAGAAUAAACUAGUGUACACACCUAUCUUUAAUGAAUAUAUCUGCUUAGUUGAAAAAUAUAUUGAAGAAAAACUCCUGGACAGGAUUCCUGGUUUCAGCAUGUCUGCCUUCACCUUGUCUUUACAGCAGCACAAGGAUGAAAUAGCUGGAGACAUUUUUGAUAUGCUUCUCACAUUUACUGACUUUCUGGCAUUCAAAGAGAUGUUCCUGGAUUAUAGAGCUGAGAAAGAAGGACGAGGCCUGGACCUGAGUGCUGGAUUGGUGGUAACACCUUUAAGCAAGCCCUCCAGGUCACCCCCGCAGAACAGCCUGUGGCAUUAGUUUUUGGCUCCAAAGGAGGGCCUCGUCUUCCCUUGGGAUGCUCCAGACAUGGAAGGGAGGAACGAGGCACCUCGGCAGGCUUGGUCUUCUCUUCGGCUCCUCGUAUGAAUUGUUCCCCUGCCCGCCCAUCCAUCCGCCCAUCCGAGCACUUGAACUCUUGCUCUUUCCACCCAACUGGACUUUACAUUGUGGAGAUGAAUAAGUGCAGUCGCUUCUUUGAGGGCAUCCUGGCUUCUCUUCUUUGUGGGACAACGGUCAUGGAAGACUAGUGUUGGGUGUGAUGGGUCCAACUGUACAGCCCUGCAGAGUUUCAGAACCACUGGACAUCUGGCAAAUUGUCUUUGUGUGGCUAUAUAUGAAACACUUUGACUUUUACAGGUAAUGUGUAUCUGGGUGCUUACGUCUGGCAAAUUGUCUUUGUGUGGCUAUAUAUGAAACACUUUGACUUUUACAGGUAAUGUGUAUCUGGGUGCUUACGUCUGGCAAAUUGUCUUUGUGUGGCUAUAUAUGAAACACUUUGACUUUUACAGGUAAUGUGUAUCUGGGUGCUUACGUCUGGCAAAUUGUCUUUGUGUGGCUAUAUAUGAAACACUUUGACUUUUACAGGUAAUGUGUAUCUGGGUGCUUACGUCUGGCAAAUUGUCUUUGUGUGGCUAUAUAUGAAACACUUUGACUUUUACAGGUAAU